CUCCCGGAUGCUUCGGGGCAGCGCCGGGGGUGGGAGAUUUGCAUUGAUCCGCGGAAUAAAACAAUAGCGCUUAAAUCACCAAAUAAUAACCCAGCUUGGCCGCCCGAGGCGUGGCCCCCGCCACCACCUGGUCGCUGUUAAACACCGUGUGAGCAAGAAUUGUUUUUGUUUUUUUUUUUAAAUUUUCCCCCCCGGCCGUGCAAGGAUGAGCGCCGUGCCUGAGGAAGUUCAGGCAGAAGACGGCAAAGCGGAGCCCGAGAAAAACCUCUUUUACUGCGAUGUUUGUAAAAUUUACUGUAUGUGCGCUAUAAGUCUUCAGUCACACUACCGUGGUGCAAAGCAUAGGAAGCAAGAGAAAGCCCUGAGACGCAGGACUGUCUAUAGUUCUUCAGCUCUAAUCCAAGUUCCGAUGAAGUACCGAGUGCUCAGACGAGUGAAGAGAUCAUUCACAGGGUACAUAACCUGUCUGAAGGAUUUUAUGAAUGAUCCCAGAAGAGAAGAGCCUCUAAUUGGUUUAGAACACGUGGUCGAAGUCAGAUUUGAAGGAAGAAGAGAGCCACGUUAUGAGUGCAGGCUGUGUGGGUGUAAUUCAGAGGUGGCACCUAUGAUAGAGCAUCUCAGUGGAUAUAAACACAGAAGAGAAUACAUUUCUAAAGAAUUUCCAGAUAAAAUGAGGAGAAGACCAGAUGCAAAGGAAUGCAAAGUCUCGUUUUUCAGACGUAUAGCAGGAGAGCUAGAGAAGAGUGAAGGAUUAAAAAUGUAUAAGAGGGAAGGUUACACAAGACCAGCUACCUCAUCUGUAUUGAAGAAGAAAACAAGGUGGGAAGAUAAGCAUGAGAACGAUCCUGUUCGGAAACAGAAAGCUCUGGAGUUCUUGGAGACUUUUCACAUCACCUCAGACUCAGAAGCAACACUUGUUGUUCGCAUUACACAGGAACUCAUGGAGGCUUUGAAGGCUUUUUGUGAAAAGAAAGCAGCAGGUAAUUACACCAACAGUUUAGGCCCCCCGAUGUCAGUACCUCAAGAUGAAUUUCCAGAAGGGAAAAGCAUCACAGAACACUAUGGGCCAGAUGUAGAAUACAAAGGAAGUUCUGACUGGAAUCAAGGUUUUUUGUCCCAGUAUGAAGAGUGUUCUGAAGAUGCUUCUUUUGCUCCUGCUCACUCAAACAGUUACCAAGCAGGUGAUGGAUCAUCCUCCUGUCAUUUGACGUCGGCCAACUUUGCGAGUAUGUCUCUGCUCGGGGGCUCUCCUGCUGUUGAGCCUGACACUCCUGCCAAUGGUGUCAGCGAAUGGCUGAGACAGCUCAGAAACUCCAUGCCCUGCAUGGAUUUGGCUGCUGUGGCCUCUCCAUACCAGACCAGCCCAGUGAAGGAGUACUCAGCAGAAUACAUAUCCAGUGAUGUGCAAGGAAGUGAGCUCUGUGAUAAUAGACUCUCAUUUGGCAGAGAAAGUACAAAAUGGAAUCAACAAGUGUGUACCAAAGCAAGGCAUAUAAGUGACCAAGAAUUAUCCUAUCCCAAUUCUUCUGCCUCAUAUCCUUCAUCUGGAAGAUACUUUACAAACUAUGCUUCACAAAACUAUUCCUCUUACAAGAACUAUGAGUCCAUGAAUACUUGUACAUCUUCUGCAAAUUCUGCUGUUUCAGGAAGAAGUGGCUCCAGGUGGCACCAGGACACUAGGUGGAAUGAGGACUAUAGGUGGAAUGAGGAUUCUAGCUGGAAGCAGGAAUCUAGAUGUCAAGAAUUCAGGUAUCAGAAAUCAGGCUACCAGAGAGACUGGAGUUCACAUCAGGACUCAUUUUCUGGCAGUGGUUCGUACCAAGAUCACCAGCAGUUCAGAAGCUCAGAAGAGAUGUUUAAUGGAGUUGAUGUUGGUCUUGCUCCCAACACUGUGAACAGACUGCUAGGAAAGGAUGUCCCUACAAUGACCAGGAUGCUGAAACAGCUGGCUCCGUAUUAUCCAGCGCUUCAAAAAAUAAAUAUUCAGACAUUCGUCAAUGUGCUAAUAGAAGCUAGAGAGAAAGAUUAAGGAGCAACAGCUGAACUGGAAACAGAUGAAGAGAUUUGAGAAUCUCCAUCCCUUGGCUUUCAGGAAAGAGACUGCAUUUAACUCUGUGUUUGACUGGCUUGGGAGAGGUAAAGGGAGGUAGGGUUUAAGUUUUUAACAUGUGAAAUAUACACAUGUGGAAUUGCACAUAAUGGGUGAACAUACUAUUUUGUUUAGUCUUUUUGUAAUGUAUUUGUUAUAUCUUAGUAUAUUUCAGAAAAAAGAUCUUCCGUUAUUUUUUGAAAAUAUGUUAAAAUUACUCUGUCAGCAAAAAGCUAAUAAUCCUUUUAAUACCCUUCUCAAUUCAGAAAAGAAAGGAAGGUACUUUUAUGCUACCUACUUAGGAAGAAUAUUAAUUGAAAAUACAGGUUUACUUUCCUUCACAAUGUAAGGCCUUCCUUACAAAUGUAAGGCCAGUUCCAUUAAUUUGAGGCUUUAUAAUUAGGAUAUUUUUAGAAAUUGAUAUACUACAUUUCUAUUUAGACAAAGAAAGGAGAAUGUCACAGCAUAAAUAUUCUCUAUCUUAAUGUGAUGCUAUGUGAGGAAAACGUAAUCUGUGCUAGAGGACUGGUAUGUAACAGGGCAUAUCAGUUUCAAUUUGCAGGGUAAGACAUGGUGUGAAAUAUAUGCAAAUUUUUUAAUCACGUUGUUCAAAAUGAAAUAAUUAUGAAUUAUCCUAAAAACUCAUUUGGUGGAUGGACCCAUGCUAAAAUAAAAAUUCUUGAUUCUUUCUACUGGCAAAAGCAUAUUAAGAAAUAGUAGAACCCAUAAGGCAAUCAGAUAAAAUAACAGGAAAAAAGAAACAAAUUUUUGUACUAACUGAGAGUACUUACCAGUUCAUGAGGUGUAUCAGAGCCACAUGCUCAUGAAUGCCUGGCUUUAGAUACCUGCUCUAUGUAAUUAAAACCAGCUUACAUGGAGCUGAAGAAAAGAAGUAAAGUGAGACAGUUUA